AUUUGACGAUCCAAGUGCAGGGCAUUCUGGACCACAACAUGGCGCGGAACCGGCCAACUGUUCUCGUUGCAAAUAGGUCACCAAAAGGAGGCCCGCGAUAUUUCAUGGUGUAUGGGACUGUUUGCAAGCUGCACAUAGUUCAGGCUGUAGAAUUAGCCUUCUUCGAGGAAACUCGAAUGGACAUUGUCUGGGACGACCUGGAGAACUUCAUGGAUGUAGAUGAGAACAGAGGGAGCGCGGGCGCACAAGCUAGAAACGGUGCUAAGUUUUUGCUUUGUAGCACCUUGUUUCUUGAUCAUGGCGUAGCGCUUUUUGAGUUUAUGACGUCUUGCCCAGUGGCUUCGUGACUUGAAUCUCUCAAAUCAUUUAAGGGCAUAAGCUUCUGUCUGUCGGACGAAAAAGAUAGCUGGCUACCUUCAUUAUUUACUUUUCCACUUCUUUCAGGUGCUGACGUGAAUGGGGCGAAGGCCCCGGACACUUUCCCGGCAGAUGUAAGGGAGAAGUGCAUGGUUGUGCCUCAAGGGAGAGAGCACUGGGUAGUUCCUUUUCCGAUGCGAAAUGCGGUAUCCGAGAAUGAGAGCAGGAUGAAGGCAUUCAUGUUGAAGAGCGACUCCAUCUGCACGAUCCAGGGCGAGGACAUGGGUGAGAUCUUUCUGCUGGAUAAUGCGAGGUUUGUACCUGGUCCAUCGAACAUCGUCACAAUAGGCCUCCCAGACACGGUCCAGCGCCCCUGCUUGUAU